AUGAUCGGCUUCUUGAGCCAAAAGCCGAAAUCUAUGUCGCUUUUGGUGGCGGCUUUCCUGCUCGGUCACCUUACACCUGCGGUGGUCGGGUUAAGGACAACACCCGGCUCGCCGUGCGCUAAUGUCUGCAAUCAAGUGUCCGCGAACACUACAGGUUCUGAGAUCGUUUGUUUGGACGAGCAGUUCAGCCAGACCACGAAGGGGUCCGACUUUCAAAACUGCGUGGAGUGCCAACUGGAGAGCACUUACAGCGAUUCGUCGUCCGGCCAGGCGGAUGUCGAUUGGGGCCUCUACAAUCUCCGGUAUGCCUUCAGCAGCUGCGUGUACGGCUUCCCUGAACAGGUUGCCAAUAUCUCUUCUCCCUGCGUGGUGUCUUGCCAAUCAUUAUCAUCGGCGUUAGAGUAUGACUUGGAUGAUCCGAGUGGAGUCAACUUCGAUACCUGGUGUGGUACUUCGUCUUUCGCGGACAAUGUCAUCAGCCAGUGCGAGUUUUGUUACAACUUGACCAGCAAUAUGACCGAUUCCCAGGUCUACCUUGCAAAUUGUGUGUUGCCUUCCCUUUCUUUGCCGUAUUGCGGUCUGAAUUCUCCAGUUACUGACAGCUUUGCGAACGACGCAGUCCUUGAAGCUCUUCGCUACAACUGUCACUUCCGAACUCCUACCGGCAAAGCUUUUCCUAUUAGCCCGAGUAGAGUCUUCAGCGAGUCAUUGCUGCCGCAGUCCACGGUGGACCUGUUUUCUCCUUCCGCGAAGCCCAACUCAGGCUCCAGCCGCUUGGCUCUGAUCAUUGCGCUCCCGAUUCUGGGAUUUGUGAUCCUGAUCUGUAUCCUGGCAGUGGGAUGCUUCUUCUUUAUCCGCUGGCGCCGCAAGCAGGCUCGCAAGAACCGUCGUUCGGGCCAUCUCCAUGCGCGGUGGAACGAUACCACCAUCAGUACACCAGCUCCUGGGGCGUGGGCCGAUCCUGCCAACGGUGGGAUGUAUAGCCAAUCGGUGCACCAUCCAGGGUCUGGACAUGGCUUCAAUUUUGUCGACACAGACGGCCGUACGCAGGAGGUGGGAUUCACCAAAUCCAAUCAUGUCGAAAUCAGUGAAUCUCCUGUCACAGCCCCAUCUACCAGACAUUCCCCAGAGCAGGAGAAGGGUUAUUGCGCUCAGACAUACUUACCUGAGCGCAGUAUCUCACCUCCGCAGAAACAGUAA